AUGGCGGAGAGACCCCCCAGCCGCCCCAGGGUGGCCUGGCAGGAGCAGGUGGAGGAGGCCGGGGUCCUUGCGGAGAGCAGCAGCCAGCCGCAGCCCCAUGAGGGGUGUGUGCCCCAGGCACUGCUGAUGGCUCCCAGCCUGGCUCUUCCCAGAGAGGAGGCGGAAGCCCUGGAGCACCUGCAUGCCUUUCUGAGCCACCGAGGAAAGGAAGAGGCCGAGAAGCUGCGGUUUCUGGCCUCUGUCUGCACUCUGUGCACAGCGGCCAGCUCCAACGCCUGGUUACGGGAGCAGCUUUGGCUGUGCAGAUUGGAACUGGCUGAGACGCUGGAGGUGCUGCUGCAAGAGGAGCCCAGCGACCACAUGGGCAGUGCAGUGCGGCAGCAAGUCAUGCUCGCCAUCAGUGCCAUGAGGGUGAAGCAGGAGAUGGAGAGGGCAUCGGGCCCCACCUGCCAGGACUGUUGCCUGUGCCUGGCCAGCAUGCUGGGGGCAAGAGGUGGCUCCCCCACCUACUGCACCAAAGUGCAUCUGGUUCCGGAGAGCGAAAACAACAGCCUGCUGCAUGCCUGCUUCUGCAGCGUCUUCUCCCUGCCUCCAAGGGAGGAUGCACAGAGCCUGAAUGCUUCCCUCUACUCCAAGACCCUGGACGCCAUGGACAGCAUGCUGCAGGUGUUGGUGCUCAGCUGCCCUGCCUCUCAGCUGCUGGAGAUGCAGAUCAUCCUGAAGGUCCUGCUGCCCUUCACGGAGUCCAAGCAAGCAGCUGCGCGUGUGAGGGCCGUGGGGCGGAUUGCCAGGCUGGUGAGCUCUUCCUUGCUGCAGGCCCAGCACCACUUUGAAGAAACCAGCGACAGCUCUGGCCAUGGGAGACAGAAGCAUUUCCCAAUCCUGGGGCAGCUGGUGGGGUGUCUCACGCUCUGCUGUGCCUACGAGGAGCAGGGGACUAGUGACAGGGCUGCGGCUGCUCUUCGGCACCUCUGCAGAUUCAUCCUGCGGGAAGAGAGCAGGGAGCAGUGGCCGGCUAGCCCAGAGCACCUGCAGCUCCAGAAGGACUGGGAAGCAAUCAACGCCUUCUGUCUUUCACAGUCCAGCGAUGCCAGGCAACUCCUGACGGUAGUUGGGAAAUACCUGCAGCCCUCUGAGAGCACAGACGUCAUCGUCAUGGCCAUCAGGGCCAUGAGAGCCUGCAGCGCCUAUGACACGCAGGCAGCUGCUCACAUGCUGGAUGUCCUUGUGACAGAGGAUGCCUGCCUUAUGGAGCAUGUGCCCAAGAUAGUGAGGUGCAUCUGGAGAAGCGUGCUCUCCAUCACAGAGGUGUCUGCCCGGCUCAGCCUGGACAGGGCCCUCCUGAAGCUGACCUGCACGUACCCUGAAGACGUGGUCAUGACCCUGUUGCGGUGUUGCCCAUCAUGCGACAGUGCUGCCGCGGCCAUGUGGAGGCUGCUGGUCUCGAAGCCCGAGGCUGCGGAGAGGGUGCUGCAGGAGCUGCUCAGCGUGCUGGAGGACUGGCCGCUGCACGAGAUAUUCACCUCGGAUGGGGACGACACAGACGUCUUUUCCCUGGCCGCAACACGAGCGCUUCAUGAGAUCCUCCAGCAGUCCAGCUACCUGCAGGAGGUGGAGGCCUUUUUCCACCAGCUCUUCCUGGUGCUGCUCUUCCAGAUUUCCUUCACCACAGAGCUGUCGCCAGAGGAGGCCGAGAUCUGGAGGGAAUGCCAAGGGGAAGAGUCUGCUCUGAGCAGUGCCGUGAGGUUCACAGUGCAGACGAUGAAAGCGCUGCUGUGCUGUGUUGGCUAUGAGGCGCAGGUGCUGCUCAUGGAGAGGAAGCGUGGCUGGGACCUGCUGCUCAGCACAGAGACCCUCUACAGGGGAGUGGGUUUGCUGGCCAGAGAGAUGAGGAAGACAUCAAGUCACCUGCGUGCUUUCAUGCUGCAGCGGCUGACAGAGCUGCUCCGCAGGGAGGAGGCCUUGCAAGAGAUCCCUGCCAUGGCUUUCCUGGUGGAGCUGCUGGCCUGCGGUGACCUUUGUGGAGAAGAUGAGGAUGUGCUGGUUGUCCUUGGGAGGUAUCUGCAGAGUCGCUGCGGGGUGAUGCGCGGGCUGGUGCUCAGAGGCCUCGUCCUGCUGUGUGAGAGGGAGGAGACGGUACGAAGAAUGCAUUUCCUGGUGCCACUCCUCAUGGAGCAGCUGCAGGAUGUGGACAGGGACAUUGGCACAAAGGCCUUGGUGGUGCUCAGCCAUGUGGUCCAUGUCAUGGCCAGAGAGAGGGUGGCUGGCAUCGCUCUGCAGCUGUUGGAGAAGCUCCUGCCGCUCUUUGAUGACGAGCCUAGGCACGUGCGAGAGCUCUCCAUCCACCUCUUCAAAGAUGUCAUGGAGGCUGUAGUGGGCAGCAGAGAUAAGCAGGUGAAGGAGCAAGUGCACAGGAGCCUGCUCCCCCUGGUCUUCCAUUUGCAUGACGAGAUCCUGAACGUGGCCCAGGCCUCGCAGGAAGCCCUCCUUGGUGCUGCCAAGUUCCUCAAGUGGGAGCAGCUGGGACACCUGACCGCGGCAGCACAGACGUGGAGGAUCGGCGAGUGCCUGCUGGCGAGGGACAGCAGAAGGGCAGGAGAAUACCUGCGCCACAGCCUGUCGUGCUUGCAGAGCCCACAGGAGCCCUUGCGGGAGGCAGCCGUGAGGUUCACUGGGCUUGCUGGGCAGUGCCUGAGGGGCCGGAGCAAGGAGAAACUGGAGGACAUCUGCAAGGCCCUGCAAGGUUUGGAGAAGGACAUCAGCCCGUCGAUCUCUUCCCUGGCCACUCAAACCAUCCUGCUGCUGCGAGCUCCAGGGACUGGAGGCACCCACCAAGGCCUGUGCUACCGUCUGAGGAGAGCGUGGGAGAGGUGGCACCGUCCUUGGGGAGCUGGCCGUGUUUGCUGCUGGAGCUCGCCUGUGUCCUGAUGCCAGGCUGCUCUGCACACAGCGGCCACCUGGGGCUGUUCCUGUCCUCCCUCCCUGGCCCCAGGACAGCUCCAGCCCUCAGGCCCAGCCCAGCCCAGCCUUGUGCUGCCAGUCCACCCUCUGCUGAGCUUUUCCCCAACAAGCAGCCCUGUCUCUUCAGCACGUGUCAGUGUCUUUCCUUUGUGCAAACAAAGCGGUGGAAAACUCAGGCCCUGAAGGCAUCAGGAUCACACACUCUGGCCUCAGCAGCAAAGUCAGCUGCUGUGCUGCAAGCUCCCCUUUGCACGCCAAGGGCUGUGAGUCCCUGUGCCCAUGCACCGUUGGCUUUGCCCAUCCUGGCACCAGUGCCUCAGAGCCCAGAGCUCUGCACAGGCCCUAGAGGCUGCUGGCCCUCUGCAGAUGGAGCUCUUCACACGCCGUGACUUCAAAAGCCAAAAGUAAGAGCAGGAAGAUGCUUGAGGGUGCCCCUUCAACAUGAUGAUGCAUUAUUUGCACAGAGAUUUUACCCCUUUCAGAUGAGGGUUUGUGUUGGGGACCAAAACAGGAUGGCACUGUGUAAGACAGCAGAGAACCUUUAAAGCAGAAAGUAAUGAUGUAGUAACUAUGAUUUGUGGCCAGAAUGUGUGCAUGUGAGUUGCCAGUGAUCAUGUGCCUUCCUGCCUACGUGCCAGCAGCUGCGGUGGGCCUAUCCUGCUGGACUGUCCUGCCUGCCUGCCAGGCAUCAGAAGACGUCUUCCUACCUAUCACAAGAUGCCACAGUGCCUAGGAUAUACUUGGAGGAGUGGCUGAGCUAGAUUGCUGUAUAACCAGCCAUUGUGUUUUCAAUAAAAGAUCUUUUGCACUACCCUA